AUAUCACACGCAGAGACGAAGUAAGAGAUAUAUAUCAAUCAAUCUCUUCCUUCAUUUCAUUUCAUUCCCAUUUUGCAAACCAAAUUAUUGUCUUCUUUUAUUCACUAUUCAUCCAUCAUUUCUUCCCUUUCAAUCUCAAUUUUCAUUUUUUAUAUUUGAUUUGUUAUUAUAUUUAUCCCUUCACGCCAAAGUGAAGAAAUUAUCAAGAGCUUGUUCCUUUAUUUUCUGUGGAUUUUUUUUUUAACAUCACCCGAAAAUUCAGUUCUACCUGUCCGAAUUUUCUUCCUCACCAAACAGAACACGAGUCUUGGUUCUGUUUUUUGAACAAGAGAUUUUAUCGUUUUGAAACGUGUGAGAGUGUGUCAAUUCAAAGAACAAAAAACAUGGUUGAUAUGAAAAUGAGAUCCAUAUUAUGGAUGAUGUUGUUAUUGUUUGGUUCUUUUUUGAUUGUAUCUGGUGAAAGAAAGCUUGUGAAAAUACAACUACCAAGUUUUAAUGUUACUACUCAACCUCAAAAACAUGAACAAAGCUUUCUCACAAAAGCUGUUAAUUUCUUAUGGAAAUCAGAUGGAUCGGGUUAUCAACACGUGUGGCCGGAAAUGGAAUUUGGGUGGCAAAUUGUGUUGGGUAGUUUUAUUGGAUUUUGUGGAGCAGCGUUUGGAAGUGUUGGAGGUGUAGGUGGUGGUGGCAUAUUCGUUCCUAUGCUCAGUCUUAUUAUUGGAUUUGAUCCUAAAUCAUCGACUGCUAUCUCCAAAUGUAUGAUCAUGGGUGCAGCUCUGUCAACUGUCUACUACAACCUUAGGCUGAGACAUCCUACAUUGGACAUGCCAAUUAUUGACUAUGAUUUGGCACUUCUCAUUCAACCUAUGCUCAUGCUUGGUAUCAGCAUUGGAGUCGUCUUCAACGUUGUAUUUCCUGAUUGGCUUGUCACUAUAUUGCUUAUUGUUCUUUUCUUAGGCACAUCAACAAAAGCAUUCUUUAAAGGGCUUGAGACAUGGAAUAAGGAAACCAUAAUGAAAAAGGAGGCUGCCAGGAGACAAGAAUCAAAUGGUUCAGGAGAAUAUAAAGCUCUUCCAACUGGACCAAAUGUUGCCAUUGAAAAGGAAAACAAGGUGUCUAUAAUUGAAAAUGUAUACUGGAAGGAGUUUGGGCUACUAGCAUUUGUGUGGAUUUCAUUCCUUGCACUACAGAUUGCCAAGCAAAACUACACAACUACAUGUUCUGCAGCAUAUUGGAUACUGAACUUGUUACAGAUCCCAAUCGCAGUUGGGGUAACUGCGUACGAGGCAACUGCAUUGUUCACAGGGAGAAGAGUGAUAGCUUCUACUGGUGAUCAAGGGAAAGCAUUUACAGUUGGCCAGCUAGUCAUCUAUUGUGUCUUUGGUGUGCUGGCCGGUAUAGUCGGUGGAUUGCUGGGACUAGGAGGCGGAUUUGUUAUGGGUCCGCUUUUUCUAGAGCUAGGAGUCCCUCCUCAAGUGUCAAGCGCCACAGCCACUUUUGCAAUGACAUUCUCCUCGUCUAUGUCUGUUGUGGAAUACUACUUGCUGAAACGAUUUCCAGUUCCUUAUGCUCUUUACUUGAGCCUGGUGGCUACUAUUGCAGCCUUGGUUGGACAACAUAUUGUGAGAAGGCUGAUCAUCCUAUUUGGAAGAGCAUCACUCAUCAUCUUUAUUCUAGCCGGCACAAUAUUUAUCAGUGCAAUCUCACUAGGUGGAGUUGGCAUUUCAAAUAUGGUGCACAAGAUUGCCAAUCAUGAGUAUAUGGGAUUUGAGAAUAUCUGCAAGUACGGAUCAUAGCACAUUUACUUUCUAGUGUUUACACUAUUAUUCAAAAAUUGCGUACCAAGGCCAAGAGCUAAGGUGGCCAUGAUAGAUUAUUUCUUAUCCUGUUAGAAGGUGUCAUUUUUUAUUAUUGCCAAGUCAUGGAGUGAUUCCGUAGGAAACUCAGAAACUUAUAUUCAUUCACACUGUUCAAGCCAUUUAGAUUAAGAUUCAUGUGAUUUGAAUCUUAUUGUGUCAUUUUCAAUGAAAAUUGCCAUUAUUAAUUUAUGUAUGUAGGUUCUAUUAGCUUAUUAUAAAUAAAAUUGCUGGGGUCAUCUUUUGGUACCAUAAA